AUGCCCGAACAUCCACUCACAACAGAGGACCCUGCCAUCAAGAAUCCAGAGCUCCUCCAAGGAUUCAAAGAGAUCAAUGACGUAGAUCCUCAAGAUAACCGAGUGCCACCCGCUAUCAUCAUAGACAAGGAGGAUCCCAACAAAAUCAGUGCGCAUCAUGGAGAAGAUUCAUGUCUCCAGGACGAAGAAUGUCAAAAUGUAAAGCAUGAGGGCGUGGAGAACGAGGACGACGAAGAUGAAGUGGAGGAGCAGCAGCAAAUCAUCAUUGACGACAGCCCUCCUUGUAAGACACCUCCCAAGAGCCUCACGCUCAACCACGCACCUGCUACCACUGAAACUACCACAACCACGGCAAAAGGCGCUCUGGACAUCUCCCCGAUGGUGAGCCCAACAUCUGUGCCAAAAGAGAUGGAGGAGGACUCAGAUACAGAUGACGAAUUGAUGCGAAUCACCGAAGCCAAUCGCUUUAUUCCUGCAAAUACAGAACCACCACAACCUGCUCAACAACAGCGGCCCCGUUCAAAAUCACUCAGAAGCCAAAGCGUCUCCACGCGUCGUCAGCUGCUAGUGUUUGCUGAUAAACCCACUGUUACAAAAAAACCCGAUCGUAUUGUAGUGUCAAACCAUUACGGUGCUGGACCCGAAGGCGCAUUAAGCAGCGAUUUAAAGCCAAACAGAAGAUGUAGAUCCUAUCUGGUCGCCUGUGAUUUUAGUGACGAGAGUUAUCAUGCCAUUGAAUGGACAAUGGGUACCAUGAUGCGUGAUGGAGACAAGCUGUACGUGGUUACAGCUGUGAAUCGAGAGGACAACCCGGAAGCUGUCAAGGAGGCCGGAUUGUCCCUAUCCAAAGAGCUGAAGAAGGCAUCGGAUACUGUAACAGAAGAGGCAAAAAAGACAUUGGGCCAGAUGCUGCUAUUUGAUGUAGAAUUGAUCACUUAUGCCAUCUGUGGAAGAGUAAAGGACAUUUUAUUUAGUCUGAUUGAGGAGCUGCCAUUAACCAUGGUUGUCUGUGGAAGUCGAGGUAGAGGCACUAUGAAAGGAUUACUGAUGGGCUCCAUCUCCACCUAUCUUGUGCAUAAAUCUCCUGUCCCUGUCACUGUUAUUCGACCUCAAAAGAAAAAGAAGGCCGCACACAAAAGACCGGUACAUGCUGUGCCUCUCAGCCAAAGUGUCCAAACAGGACAGCUGGCUGUGGAUGAAGUCAGCAAGGCAGCCACUGCCACCGGCACAGACAAAAAGACAUCUACUACUAGCAGCACAUCUACAGCCGCAACUGCCACUGACAAAAAAUAA